AUGACGAACAUAACCGAUACAGCAGCUCGGGAUUUGACCGCCCGACUGCCAACAACUGUCAUUCCUUUACAUUAUCAACUAUAUAAAGAUGUCAGUCAAUUAGAACAAUAUGUUUUUCAAGGAAUUGUAGAUAUAGAUGUUAAAAUCAAUGCAAUUGUACAUGAAAUUAUUUUAAAUAGUGUUGAUUUAAAUCUUACGAAAAUUGAGUAUCAAUCCAGUGAUACAUCUUCUCCAUUGAAUGGAUCUGUUGAAUUGAAUGAUGAGGAUGAAUUAGCGAUAAUACGAUUUGGCCAACCGAUCAACCCCGGAAACGGUCGUUUACAUAUUGAAUUCAAUGGUAUAAUCGAAGAUGAACUUCAUGGCUUCUAUCGAACGAAAGACAAGAACCAAAUCGGUGCAUGUACUCAAUUCGAACCUGCAUACGCACGUCGUGCUUUCCCUUGUUUUGAUGAGCCAUCGUUUAAAGCCAAAUUUACAAUUAGUAUUCGAGCACCAAAACACCUGACAACAUUAUGUAACAUGGUAUUCCAGUAA